CGGCCACCGAGAGGCGGGGCUAAGGUGGGAGCAUGAGGCUGUCGCUGGCUUUCGCCAUCUCCCACGGUCGCGUCUUCCGCCGCCUGGGCCUCGGUCCCGAGUCCCGCAUCCACCUGCUGCGGAACUUGCUCACUGGCCUGGUGCGCCACGAACGCAUCGAGGCGUCAUGGGCACGCGUGGACGAGAUGAGGGGCUACGCGGAGAAGCUCAUCGACUAUGGAAAGCUGGGAGACACCAACGAACGAGCUAUGCGUAUGGCUGACUUCUGGCUCACUGAGAAGGACUUGAUCCCAAAGCUGUUUAAAGUACUAGCGCCUCGGUUCCAAGGUCAUAAUGGGAGCUACACGAGAAUGCUCCAGAUCCCCAAUAGCAAGGAGCAGGAUCGAGCCAAGAUGGCAGUGAUAGAAUAUAAAGGAAACUGCCUCCCUCCCCUGCCUCUGCCUCACAGAAACAACAACCUUACUCUCCUAAACCAGCUGCUACUGGGACUGCGCCAGGACAUGCACCGUAGCGAGGAAGCAAACCUCCACAGCUCCUACACGGCUCAAACACCAAAGACUUAA